AUGUCUGCCAGGUCGCGAGCUUCGGAGAUACGUACUAGUACGACUAGGUAGGCGCCUCUCGAUGAUUCAAAUGUGCUGUGUCCCAAGAACUGGGCCGAGCCUUCGAGAGGAACCAAUUUUAUACAGCGUAGGUCAUGCUCUCUUCUUCUUUUCUUUUCGCGGUAAUCGGUAUCUGCAGUGAUCGGCUGCAUUAGCGUACGUUGGCUCAUCAUGUGCUCGUUCCGAUCGCGUGCGCAGUUCCGUCUGCGAUCCUAAGCAAUGCCCCACCGUCGCGCACUCUAGCAGCAUCUGCACUUCGGGCAAGUGCGAUUUCACCUGAAACGCGGGCUACAACAAGCACAAGGGUUGCUGUGUCGCGACGCCGUGAGUGAUUGUUGCCAUCAUCUUGAGGAGCUAAAAGACACUGCGCCACGACUGACCUACGAUCUGCUUCGCGAUCCCUGAUGCAGUCCCUCGUGUGUUGUCAGCAAAUGCCCGACCCACCCCCAUGGAGUGAGCAGCUGCACUACUUCUAGAACCUGCGCCAUCACCUGCAACACCGGAUACAUUAAGCAGGGUGAUACUUGUGUGGCGACGCCGUGAGUGGAUCGUGCCGCCUGAACAGAGGAAGCCGGGCUGCGCAUGGACUGAUUUGUGAUCUGCCUCUCUACGCCCCACUGACAGUCCUACGUGCGUCGUCAGCAAGUGCCCGAUCGAUCCCCAUGGAGUGAGCAGCUGUAUUUCUUCUGGAACGUGCGCCAUCGCCUGCAACACCGAAUACACCAAGCAGGACGGCAUCUGUGUGUUGACGCCGUGAGUGCCCCCGCCUAGACAACGGAGAUCGGAUUGCGCAUGUACUGACCAGCAAUCUCUAUCGUGACACCCCAUCGACAGUCCUACGUGCGUUGUCAGCAACUGCCCGACGGACCCUAACGGCGUUCGCAGCUGCACUUCUUCCGGAACGUGCGCCAUCACCUGCAACAUGGGCUACACCGAGCAGGAUGGCGUCUGUGUCUUGACACCGUGAGUAAAGUCGAUCUCCGAUUAUCACGACCAAGAAAGCUCGGGAUGUACAAGAGCUGUCGCGGUCAUGACACGGGGAUCUGGGAGAGUAGUGAUCAAGUUCUGCAGUGCUUGGGACCGCGAGUGGCAGAGCUCGAAUGCUACUUGACUGCUUGACAACCUUUUCCUGUUACGAGGAACAAUUAAUCAGCCAGCUUCCAAGGAGUCGCAUGUGACUUCCCUUAUGACUCGUGAUCGAGCGGCCGCAAGCUUCCGAAAAGCCCCUAUCUGAUCCCAGGCUCACCCCACGGCUGCUUUUUCACACCACCAUCUCAGGUGGGAAUUGUUCUGGUCUAUAGGUGAUGAAAAGCGAUGCCUCCCUGUCCGGGCAACUUUCAAACCUCCUUGCUCACGAGUCAUGGUGACGUUCAGCUCAGUUGAGUAGAAGUCAACCAACUUAAUCAAUUGUUCAACUUGUAACUGAUCUUACGUUUGCCUUGCGGCAGGGACAGACGCUACCAAGUUGGGAAAUGGGAAUUCCCGGAACUGAGUGUUACGAAGAACAAAAGAAGAUUUGGCUGAACUGAGAGUCGAACUCAGGUCCACUCCAUUAAUCAGAGUUGCUCUGACCUCUGAGCUACUCAACCAGCGGGAAUAGGUCAAAGCAGCGGCGCACCCGAGUCAAGCCGGCGGCAGUUCUCCCUCCCAUUGGCCGAGCACAUCCGCCGCCGGCGGAUGUGCUCGGCGACAACAGCGAGUACGAUCGACGCGGGCUCCCGCAGCGACUGGCAAUCGCGGCCUGGUACCGGUUCACUGUCGAUCGACACAAGAACACAGCCUUGGCGGCGGCGGUGGCGGCGGGACGACUCAACGUGCCUCCCCGGAUCGGCACCAGCGCACCGCUCGAGGCGAUCAUUCCCAAGCCCGUGGCCCGCUUCGCAAUGGAGCAGCGCCUUCCGGACCCGGUGCUUCCACAACAGGCGAGCCAGUAUACGCUGCUGAACAUGGCUCGACCCUACAAAAUCCGUCGCAUCCGCCGGGUCCUGAACGCGAAGGCUUUCACCAACACGCUCGGGCUCAAGGGACCACCGCAGCCAGACGAUCUCAGGAGCUUCUGGAAGGCGGUCAACUCGAAGGCACUGACAGCGAGGGAGAGGGAAGUUUGGUUCAAGCUGAUUCUCCGCUUCACCCCGACGCGCAAGCUCCAGCACGAGCAAAAGCAUGACACUUCUCCCGCGUGCCUCGUGUGCGAAGCGCCGGUGGACGACACCGAUCACUACUUCUUCGGCUGCGUCGACUCGCGGAACGUCUGGACCGCGGCAAGGGGCGUGCUCUGCGACGCGCUCGGAUGCGACACGAUCGAGGACGCCGAGUACACGACCCUACAACGACUCUUUGGCCUCCCCAAGCUCAAGGCCAAGCUCAGCGAACAGGAAGGCGCAGGCAGGACGAUCGAGAUCUUCACGGGGAUGGUCUUGGAGAUGAUCAGCAGUGGGAGAUGGAGGAUGCAGAAGCACGGGACGAGGAUGGAAAGCCUGGAGCGGAGGAGGGUGGUACUGGAGGAGAGGAUGAAGUUGAGGGCGGGGGGAGCAAGGGGCGGGCGAGGGCAGUAG